AUGUUCUUCGGCAAGCGAUCCGCUCUCGUUACUGCUUUUUUACUCUCUGCGACUGCCCAGCGUAGCCUGGCUGUCUGUGAUUCGGGUCAAAUGGCCGUCGGGACGGAAUCGAUUUCAAUGUUUACCGGGCCCAACGGCGCCUUUGAGGAAUACAGCGGUUUCCUGAUGAAUAACGACUGCCAGCUUAUCUCGCAGAACGGCCUCACGCAGGAUCCGAACCAGAUGUGCGAUGGUGGAUACAGCGGGGGCGCUUCGGUUACGUGCAGCGAGCACAAACCUGUCGCUGCAGUUAGUGAUGUGCGGGCCCGGCUUGGGCUCAAAGCCCGGGCUUGGGCUUGUGGCGACGUCGAGCCGAGCCCUGAGCCCGAGCCGAGCCCGAGCCCGGCCCAAGCCUUGGGCUUAAGCCCGGGCUUGCUCACAAUACAACGAGUGUUCCGGUGCUAUCAAAAGGGAAUGUAUUUGGGUGUAGUAGAUUAA